AUGGCGCGCCCUGUAUGCCCACGCUGCGUCCGCAUGCGCAAGCUCCAGGGCCCAGUCGCUAGACGAGCCCUCUCCUCGACAGCCACCACGCCGAGCAAGCAGAGCCCAGCCGCCAUUCUGGCAAAACCAACCUGGUCCAUCGCCUCCCUACUCGCGACAAGCCCGUCUCCCUCGACAUCCGACGAGAUCUCGCCCCAGAAGCUCAACCAUCUUCUCCGCCUCUCGGCCCUGCCCGCGCCGGCGACACCUCAAGCCACGUCCGCCCUACUGGCAGCGCUACACGCGCACCUCCGCUUCGUGCGCGACGUGCAGGCCGUCGACACAGAGGGCGUCGAGCCGCUGCGUGCUCUGCGUGACGAGACGGCUCGCGGGCGGGUGGCGGCGACGGUAGGGCUGGCAGAGCUGCGGUCGGCCUUGGACAAGGAAGUGGCCUUCGGACAUCGACAACGGCCGAGGCGUGUCAAGGGCGACAAGGCCGCUGUGGAUCAAGAUGCGAAGACGGCAGAGGCAUGGGAUCCCCUUGGCACAGCGCAACGAACCGCGGGCAAGUACUUUGUCGUGCAGAGCAAGAAGGGGCAAGAGGCAGCAUGA